AUGCCCCCUCUUCCCAGAAGCCCAGAAGCAGUUAACUCGAAUCAUCACAAUCCCGAUGAAGGACAAUUACCUCAAACAGACCGCCGUGGUGCUGCAAAGAUCCGAUCAACUAAUUACACUAAUGUGGAGUGUCCUUCCUGUCAGAGAAUUUAUACAAGAAGAUCCUUGGACUUUCAUCUGAAGGUUUGUACCAUGCGCCAAGCGGAGGAGGUAAAACGACGGAAUGCAAUUAAAUCCGCAAUUGAGAGACAGAAACGGGGGCCUUCCAGACCACCUGGCAAGCUCUGCUACAUCUGUGGUCGUCGUUACACCAAGAGUUCGUGGGAGUGGCAUGAACCGAAGUGCCAGGAGCAGUGGGACACAUGGAACAGUCGCCUUCCCAAAGAUCUUCAACAUCGGGGUGGACUCUUGAAACCUAACACAGACGACGAAGCACUAGCAGCUGUUGUAGAACGAGAAAAAGCCGCAGGAAACCCUAAAUUUAACAAAAAAGACGCUCUUGAAAAAAUUUUGCUUGAAGCGAGUCGUAUCAAUGCUUUACCCGUGUAG